UGGCAACCCUGUGUGCGGGUGUAAACAGGAAGUGCUGAUGAUGAGUACAGCUCGGAAGCUUUCUUAUCUUCUCGACUUGUAAAUGAGGUGAAUCUGCGUGGAGUGUGAUCAUGGGAAAGAGCUGUAAGGUGGUGGUGUGUGGCCAGGCGUCUGUGGGGAAGACGGCGAUCCUUGAACAGUUACUGUACGGAAAUCAUGUUGCUGGUUCUGAGCCCAUGGAGACGCUGGAGGACAUCUAUAUCGGCUCGGUGGAGACGGACCGAGGCACACGGGAGCAGGUGCGUUUCUACGACACACGGGGUUUGCGUGACGGCGUCGAGUUCCCACGCCAUUACUUCGGCUUCGCCGACGGCUUCGUGCUCGUCUACAGCAUCGACAGCAAAGAGUCCUUUAAGCGCAUGGAGGCUCUGAAGAAAGAGAUCGACCGCUGCCGUGACAAGAAAGAGGUGACGAUUGUGGUCUUGGGGAAUAAGCUGGACACGGCUGAGCAGAGGAGCGUGGACAGUGAGGUGGCUCAGCAGUGGGCUCGUCAGGAGAAAGUCAGGCUCUGGGAGGUUUCAGUGACUGACAGGCGCUCUCUCAUCGAGCCCUUCGUCCACCUGGCCAGCAAGAUGACCCAACCACAGAGCAAAUCCACCUUCCCUCUGAGCCGCAACAGGAACAAGAACAGCGGCUCUCAGGACAGCUAGAGAGGGAGGAAGGGAACGAAAAAGUGGAGAGACGGAGAAGAAACACUGGAGAGGAACAUGAAGAACUGAUUUUGUCUGCACUGACAUUUUCACGAACACCACAUUUCUCAUGAAUGAAUGAAUGCUAGCUUGAUGAAUAAUUGUUUAUUUUAAUGCAUAUUAUUUAAGUUUUCUGUAGAAUUAAUGAAGGACAGAAAUGUUUAUGCUUCUAGCGUUUAACGUGUUGUAUAAAAGACGCACAGUUGAACCACAUCAGAGAUGUUUGAUUGUGUAAAUGAAAUUUUAUGUUACUGACUCACAGAUCAUGGCGACAUCACUGCUCAAGGUUUAUGCUUGCCUGUUAAUGACAUUCCUUAAAAUAUUAAAAUAUAUUGUGUAUAUACUUCCAGUGCUUAUUCGUGGUUUUAAAUAUUUUGUGAAGGCAUGAAAUUAUUUUUGUACAAUGUUCUCUGCAUUUUCCAUUCUCACCUAAAUGCUGUUACCAUAGAACACUGUUCAACCAGCGAGAUAUCUCUCUCAAUGCUGUAUUUGUGUGUUUGUGCGAGGAGUUCAGAGCACAUACUUUGGCUAACAAAUUAAAAGUUUGCAGUGCUGUAA